AUGCCUCGGGGCGCCCCAAGUGAAGAAAUCCGUAGCGGACACUCGCGCUCCUGUGGAGGCAGAAGGAGCUAUUUCUGCGAAGUGGACGCUGGAGGGCGAGCAAGAUGGAUUUCCUCUGUGGCCGGGAGAAGGGGAUGUGAUCUCGACCAAGGCCAGAAACGGCGACAGAGGCAAAGCAGGGCAAGCUGUGUUAAAUGUGCCAUCGCUGGGCGGGAUCAUAAUGCCAGUUCAAAGAAAGCAAAUGUAGCCUUGAAAAGCGGCCAGGAAUACAAGGCUUUCUAUCCAACCCAUGAACAGGCUAUUUGGCCCGAGGUCCAAAAUAAAGGUCCCCGCAGAGCAGACAAGCUCGUUCUCGAGUCGCCAGACUUAGAUCAGUUCGAUUUGUCGAUCGCUGAGGUUGACGCGUCUUGUCAAGGCACAGUCAAGGGCUCAAAGAAGAUCCAAUGCGUAUGGUACUGUGCAGACCGCACCUUCUACAAUAUUUCGAAGAUAACGCUGAAAUUCGGGGGCUCCCCCGAUGGAACGAAAAUUAUUCUCCCGCUGACCCUGACCUCAUACGUGGCACAGUCAGGUAAUCUCACACAAUCGGAUUCUAAGACAUACAAUCAUACCUGGGACAGGCGCGCCCCUCCGACCUUUAAGCAAACUGAUCAGUCCCAGUUCCCACAGCCACGCGACAUCACUGUAUUUCCAGCUCCAAAAGCAGACGAUGAGCGCGCUAGAUUAAAACAGGCCUUCAAGUGGGCUGACUUUCAACCUACGGGUUUCUACCUGAAUCCCAAUACCACGCUUACCGUGAACGUCUCUGGUGCGAUGGAGACUGGAUCGAAACCCCAGAUCCUGAUCGGUACUCCGGCUUUAGUGCAUCCAUCUUAUCAUAAUGAUCUGAUGCCGGUCCAGCUGCAGCCGUCUCAGCCGUUGAACAACGGGAAAAAUACAGUGUCCAACGCAUUUGGUGGAAUCCUCUAUGUCCGCUAUAGCAACAGCGCCCCCGAGGCAUCUCCUCCUUUGAGGGUCACGUUGUUAGGGGAUGCAGCCCAGCCAUUUCCACUGUCCCGGCAGGGUGUGACGACUGAAAAGGAUUGGGAGACCAUGCUGCGCAUAACCAAGGUUCCAUUCGCCGAAGUCACUGGUGAGCGGGUGAUCAUUACUGGGCUGGCGGCGGAUGCGAAAUUUUAUGCGGGGCAAAAGAUGUCCCCGCAGGAAUUGUCAGAGAGGUAUAAGGAAAUCAUUUCCGCCCAAGACAGCAUCAGCGGCCUUAAUGCCACGGCGCCCGACCCCAAAGACAGACCGAGCCACUUGCGACCUAUGGUUGUGCAGACCCGCAACGAUACAGAUUUGAAUUCAUUCGACUAUCGCGCUGCUAUUCCGGCCCACCACCAUGGGGACGUCUGGAAUAAGACUCAGCUCCGCCAGUCAUGGGCUGUCUGGCACGAGCUGGGCCAUCACCGCCAACACGACGACACGUGGAGCUGGGAUGCGCUUGACGAAACUACGGUCAACAUCUACAGUCUAGCCAGCCGCCGUCUCUUUCCCAGCUCAGCAGCCUGCCAUGUCAGCAUCCCACCCGGGCUCACUCCAAUAUCCACGUUGGUGUACAUGAGUAAACCCUGA